AUGGAUACAAUUUUCUACUGCCAGGGGGCAGUGUCAGUGGGAGGUGGGAAGGGUGGCAUUGAAAUUACAACCGGGGUUGAGUCGAGCAGCAGCAGUGUGCGGAGAAGGUUACCAAAACAAAACUUGGGUCCCAUGGACUCCCAAACACAGAGAGCUCAAGAAGAAGAAGAAGGAGAAGAAGGGGCGGAAUAUCUCUUCCAACGCUUGCAGGAGUCCCCAGAUGACGCCUCCGUACAUUUUGAUAUUGGUGUGUACUUAUGGGAAAAAGAAGGAGAAGCCAAGGAAAAAGCUGCUCAACAUUUUAUUAUUUCGGCCAAAUUAGACCCCAAGAAUGGAAAAUCUUUUAAAUAUCUGGGUCAUUAUUACGGCAGCGUUUCCCUUGAUACUCACAGAGCUAUCAAGUGUUACCAACGAGCUGUUGUUCUCAGUCCAGAUGAUACUGAGUCCGGGGAAGCUCUGUGCAAUUUACUUGACCGAGGAGGAAAUGAGAGUUUGGAGGUGGUGGUAUGCCGGGACGCGUCUGAAAUGUCACCGAGAGCUUUCUGGGCUUUCCGAAGAUUGGGUUUCCUGCAGGUUCAUCAAAAGAAAUGGUGUGAAGCUGUUCAGAGUCUUCAACAUGCCCUUAGAGGCUAUCCUACUUGCGCUAAUUUGUGGGAAGCUCUGGGCCUUGCUUAUCAGCGCCUGGGCAGGUUUACUGCAGCUAUAAAGUCUUAUGGCCGUGCAAUUGAGUUGGAUGAUACGAUGGUCUUUGCUUUGGUUGAAAGCGGAAAUAUCUCUAUGAUUCUUGGUUCAUUUAGCAAGUUUGGUGCAAGAAUGCUGUUUCUAUUUAUUAGUGACAUGUUAAACGCUGAGCUUUUCUACAUGAAGGGAGUUGAACAAUUUCGUCAAGCUUUGGAGAUUUCACCACAGUGUGUGCCUGCACAAUAUGGACUUGCUUUGGGGCUGCUUGGUUUGGCAAAAGAUUGCAUCAACCUAGGAGCAUAUCAAUGGGCGGCUUCACUGUUAGAGGAAGCAUCUGAAGUUGCAAGGGCAAGUGCUUAUUUUUUAAGAAACAUCUCAUGUAUUUGGAAACUACAUGCUGAUAUUCAGCUUGCAUAUUCUAGAUGCUAUCCUUGGAUUGAGGAUGUUCAAGAAUUGGAAUCUAAUAAUGAAGCUUUCAGUGCUUCUAUAAUUUCUUGGAGGAGUACCUGCCUUUUGGCUGCAAGACAUGCAAGGUUUUCGUAUGAACGAGCCUUGCACUUGUCUCCAUGGCAAGCAAACAUCUAUGCUGACAUUGCUGUGACUUCAGAUCUUAUAGCUUCACUGGACAAAAGUUUCCAGCAAGACAUAAAUGCAUGGCAAUUGGCAGAGAAGAUGUCUAUGGGAGCCCUGCUACUUGAAGGUGACAAUUAUGAGUUCUGGAUGGCGUUGGGAUGUUUGUCUAAUCAUAAUGCACUAAAUCAGCAUGCUUUGAUAAGAGCAUUACAAUUGAAUGUAUCUCUAGCUGUAGCUUGGGGAUAUCUUGGGAAGCUAUAUCGUAAAGUUGAUGAAAAGCAAUUGGCAAGACAAUUGUUUGAUCGUGCUAGAAGUAUUGAUCCCAGCCUUGCAUUGCCAUGGGCAAGCAUGUCAGUCGAGUCUUGUGUGAGGGAGCUUGAAUCAGAUGAGGCAUUUGAGAGCUGUUCACGGGCUGUGCAGAUAAUGCCAUUAGCUGAAUUCCAACUUGGGCUCACUAAGCUUGCUUUGUUGAGUGGGCAUCUGUCAUCUUCACAGGUUUUUGGAGCUAUUCAGCAGGCUGUGCAGCAUUCGCCACACUAUCCUGAAUCCCAUAAUUUACAUGGGCUGGUUUGUGAGGCUAGAAAUGAUUAUAACUCUGCCGCUACAUUUUACAGGUUAGCACGUCAUGCAUUUAACAUUGGCUCACAGAGUACUCAAAACUCACAUAUCAGGGACAUAUCAAUCAAUUUGGCCAGAUCACUUUCUAAGGCAGGGAAUGCGGUUGAUGCUUUGAAGGAAUGUGAAAAUUUGAAUAAAGAAGGUUUAGAUCCAGAUUUUGAUGUUUUGAAUGAGAAUGGGGCACUUGAUGAAGAAGGUUUACAAGUAUAUGCUUUCUCUUUGUGGCAACUUGGUGAAAAUGAUUUGGCUGUUUCUAUAGCUAGAAGUCUUGCUGCAACUCUCUCUUCUAUGCAAAGGACAUCUGUGGCUACAUCCAUAUGUUUCAUUUGUAAAUUAGUAUACUACAUAUGUGGACUGGAUGUUGUCGUCACUAGCAUUUUGAAAAUGCCAAAGGAUCUAUUUCAAAGUUCAAAAGUUAGUUUUGUUAUGUCAGCUAUCCAUGCUCUUGAUGGACAAAAUCGACUUGAAUUUGUUGUCAUGGGUAGCAGAUCUUUUGUCAAAUAUUAUGAAGAAAUCGCUGGGAUGCACUUUUUAAUAGCACUUAGUAAAUUGGUGAAAAAUGAGUCUGAUUACUGCCUUGGCAUUAAGAGUGGAGUUGCUCACCUAAAAAAAACUCUGCACAUGUUCCCUAACUACAGUUUGAUAAGGUUCUCUUUUUCUCCUUUUUUGCCGGCUGCCCUUGCACUUGCCACCGCUAUCGUUGUCGUCACCGUUGCUGCUGGAAUUACAAUUCAGACCGGUUUUGGAAUUCCGUGGAGAGUAAGGGGUUUCAAUUCAAAGGUUAUAAAAUGUGGUGCAGGUUCAUCUCUUUUGACCAAUUGGCUUUCUGGACUUUCUUCCUUUGAGGAACCCAAAGGUAUUACAAAAAAUGAGUAUCUUGGUCGCUCUAGCUUGGUGGUUCAAUUUGGGAACCCUGGCGUCACAAUGGAGAUAGAGGUAGAGGUGGUCGUGGCUGGGGACAGGGUGGAAAGCAAUGGUACAAUUUUAGAGAAUUUGGUUAUUAAUGGAAUCUGUGUACCCAUCCUGCUCGCACUACUCUGCUAUUUGGGAAUGACAAGUAUGAACAGAAUGGUUGACCGCAUUCCUAAUUAUGAGAUGCUCUCUGAUUUUGCUGACAUCCGUCCUUUUGCACAUUUCUCUGGGAGCAGGAACCUUCUUGGCUACCUCUUGGUAUCCAGUAAAGAGUUAAACAAUUGUCAUGUGGCAACGAGGUGUUGUAAACUGGAUCAUCUUGAUCUUUCUGAUAAAAAAGAUUUCAAAUCAGCUGCUGAUAUUCAUGGUGCAGGAGCAGUUGCUUGCUAUACCGCUGGCAACAGCAGCCCAAAGUUCACUUUUCCAACUUGUACAAAGCAUUGUUCUAAUAAUCCUCGAGCCAGCAGAUACCUGCAGAAGUACUUUCAUCAGAAACCAUGGAAUCAUGAUAUCCGCUACUUGCUUGUUCUUAACUAUCUUCAGAUGGCACGUGAACAAAGAUUUCCUCAGCAUCUUUGUGGCAUACUACAUCGUCUAACUCAUGUAGCUCUUUCAAAUGAAUUGUAUAGUAGGACAGGAUUGUUGUACCAAUAUAGAUACUUUCAAUUUCUACUUUGUGCUUCUGAGAUCAGUUUACAAUGUGGGAAUCAUAUGACCUGUCUCACCCAUGCCAAAGCAGCUUCUGAACUUUUGCUUCCUGAUGAAUAUUUAUUCUUUGCACAUCUACUACUGUGCCGUGUGUAUGCUAUGAAAGGUGAUCAUCCAAGUUUUCAAAAGGAAUAUAUAAGGUGUUUGGAGCUCAAGACAGAUUCUCACAUUGGUUGGAUCUGUCUCAAACUUAUGGAAUGUCGCUAUGAACUGCAAAUUGAUUCAAAUGCCAUAGACCUGAACUUUGAAGAUUGUAUUAAAAGAAGUGGAAAGUUGUGCAAUAUGUGGGUGGCUGUAUAUAACCUAGUGAGAGGCGUGGUUUCCUUGCAGAAAAGGGAUUUAGUCUCAGCUGAAGAGUUCAUGAAACAGGCUUGUUCGUUAGUGGGUUUUGAGAGCUGCCUCUUUCUAUGUCAUGGUGCCAUCUGUAUGGAACUUGGCCGACAAUGCAAUGGUUCUCAAUUCCUAUCACAAGCUGUUAUGAGUCUUACCAAAGUUCAUGAGCUUUCACUUAUUCCCUUACCUUUUGUCUCGGUAUUGGUAGCACAAGCAGAAGGAAGCCUUGGUUCUAAGGAGAGGUGGAAUAGAAACCUUCACCUUGAAUGGUAUAAUUGGCCAUCAGAAAUGAGGCCUGCGGAGCUCUACUUUCAAAGGCAUUUGCUUGCAAAGCAGUCUAAACUUGGGCCAGACGCUACAUCUAACUUGGAGUCCGCUCAGAGUCCUCUGAGAUGGGUUAUUCGAGCAAUUCACAUGAACCCUUCUUGCAUGCGAUAUUGGAGGGUUUUACAGAAGCUUGUGGAAGAAUAA